UAUGAAAUGCAACAAAACCGUCGAGGUCACAUUGUUGUCAUCGCAUGGCCUAUGUUGAGUCGCUCUUACCCAAAUGCACCUCUUUUCCACGCAGCAAACAGCUCCUUGCGCAUCUCCUAACCACUGGCCUUUUAAAAUUAUACCCUUCCCGCGCAAAAUUCCUUGAUUUCUGCGCCACCUCUUCCGCCGCCGGUAGCCUCUCUUAUGCCGCCGCCAUCUUCCGUGGUGUCCCCCACCCUUUUACCAACGACUGGAACGCCAUCAUCCGCGGUUAUGCCCAGAGUCAUCGCCCGAUAGAUGCCGUCACGUGGUACCUCUCCAUGUCACGUGCCCCGUGCAAGCCCGACGCUCUCACCUGCUCUUUUUUCCUCAAAGCUUGUGCGCGAGCGUUGGCCCGGUUGGAGACCCUUCAAAUGCAUGCUCAAGUGGUUAAAUUUGGAUUCGAUGCUGAUGUUUUGCUGCAGACCACUUUACUCGACGCGUAUGCAAAAUGUGGUGAUUUGGACAAUUCGCACAACAUGUUUGAUGAAAUGUCGAGGAGAGAUAUUGCUAGUUGGAACGCAUUGAUUUUGGGUUUGGCGCAGGGGAAUAAGCCUCAUGAAGCUUUGGAAUUGUUCAAGGAAAUGAUAGAAGGGAAGAAUUAUCAAUGUGACAUGCAGGCGAAUGAGGUCACUGUUCUAGGUGCGCUCUCCGCGUGUUCACAGCUGGGCGCAAUCAAAGAGGGUGACAAAGUUUGUGAUUAUAUUAGGAUGCAAAGCUUGGACAAAAACGUGAUCGUGUGCAAUGCUGUUAUUGACAUGUAUGCAAAAUGUGGGUUCUUGGAGAAGGCAUAUCAAGUAUUCGAGGAUAUGAAGUGUUCAAGAAAUCUUGUAACGUGGAACACUAUGAUCAUGGCUUUUGCAAUCCAUGGCGACGGAGUGAAAGCGCUAGAGCUGUUCAACUUCAUGGCCAGAGCUGGUGUUGAGCCAGAGCCGGAUAGUGUAAGUUAUUUAGCAGCAUUGUGCGCGUGUAACCAUGCUGGUAUGGUGGAUGAGGGGGUGAGUUUGUUUGAGUUGAUGGAGGAACGUGGAGUAAGUAAAAAUGUGAAGCACUAUGGCACUGUCGUGGAUUUGUUGGGUCGAGCAGGAAGAUUAGAAGCAGCAUAUGAGAUUAUAGAGUCUAUGCCGAUGUUCCCAGAUGCAGUUCUUUGGCAAACAUUGCUAGGGGCUUCUAAGAUAUAUGGGAAUGUAGAAAUGGCAGAGAAGGCAUCAAGGAAACUUGUGGAAAUGGGAUCAAGUCAUUGUGGGGAUUUUGUAUUGUUGUCAAAUGUUUAUGCUGCACACAAGAGGUGGAAUGAUGUAGGGAGGGUAAGAGAGGCAAUGAAGAAUAGGGAUGUAAAGAAGUUGCCGGGAUUUAGUUAUAUCGAGCUCAAUGGCACGAUAUUCAAGUUUUAUAACGGUGAUCAAAGUCACCCGGAUUGGAAAGAAAUAUAUACGAAGCUUGAGGAGAUUAGGUAUAGGAUUAGGGAAUUCGGGUAUGUGCCUGAAACAAACUAUGUGUUGCACGAUAUAGGACAUGAGGAAAAGGAGAAUGCAUUAUGUUAUCACAGUGAGAAGUUGGCUGUGGCUUUCGGUUUGAUUAGUACUGACGAUGGGAGCCUCAUAAGUGUAAACAAGAAUCUUAGAAUAUGUGGGGAUUGUCAUGUAGUAAUUAAACUUAUUUCGAAAUUGUAUGAUCGGGAAAUUAUUGUGAGGGAUCGAACUCGAUUCCACAGAUUCAGGGAUGGGUUUUGCUCUUGUAAAGAUUAUUGGUGAAGAUGUAUUUCCUUCUUUCA